UAAACCCAAACCUUGAGGUGUUUCACAUUUUUGGGAAUGGUGUAACAGGCAUGUAUGGCACAACACUCAGUCUCCACCAAUGAAGUGAUGGGCAGGGUUCAACACCCAUUUUCGGGGGCUUGCUAUAAAGCUGGUUUAUAACAGACUUAUCAGUAUAAGUACAUAUAGAGUAUUUUACCUGAAUUCCUUCAUUUGGAGUGUGAAAUUAUUUUGAGAUUGUAAAGUUGCAACAUGGAGGACAAUUCCUAUGUGGUCAAAAUGAAUGGGAAUGGUGUCAAUGAGAAUAAUUCUCUCAAUGGCGUCAAUGGAAAAGGUCUUAAUGGGAAUGGUAUCCAACAUAAGACUGUGAAAGGCAGUGUUUCUAAAUCCAAGAGCUGCAGGCAGAGAUGGAACAUCCGGCCCUCAGAGAUGUCAAUCAACACCUUGAAUCCCAUCCGUGCCAUUGUGGACGGGAUGAAGCUCACACCCAACCCCGGGAAGCCCAUGAUUGCUCUAUCCAUUGGGGACCCUACAGUGUUCGGGAACCUGCCUACCGAUGAAAAAGUUACCCAGGCCUUGAAGGAUGCCAUUGACUCACACAAAUACAACGGCUAUGCUCCGUCUGUUGGUUAUCAGAAGAGCAGAGAUGUGGUGGCAAACUUCUACACUUGCCCCGAGGCCCCCUUGGAGGCAGAGGAUGUGCUUCUGACCAGUGGCUGCAGCCAGGCUAUAGAUCUGGCCAUCACGGUGCUGUGUAACCCUGGAGACAACAUCCUAAUCCCCUGCCCUGGAUUCUCCCUCUACAAGACUUUGGCUGUGUCUCUGGGCAUCCAGGUCAAACUGUACAACCUGCUGCCAGAGAAGUCAUGGGAGAUCGAUCUUCAGCACAUGGAAAGCCUGAUCGAUGACAGGACAACCUGCCUGAUCAUCAACAAUCCUUCCAACCCUUGCGGCUCUGUCUACAGUAAAGAGCACCUAAAGAAUGUCCUCUCUGUUGCCUCCAAAAAUUGCAUCCCAAUCCUGGCUGAUGAGAUCUAUGGUGACAUGGUGUUUCCAGGUUGCAAGUACCAAUCUAUGGCGUCCCUCAGCAGUGAUGUACCCAUCCUGGCAUGUGGCGGUCUGGCCAAGAGAUGGUUGGUUCCUGGCUGGAGGAUGGGCUGGAUCCUCAUUCAUGACAGGAAUCAAAUAUUCGGGAAAGAGAUUCGUCAGGGUUUGGUUAAGCUUAGCCAGAGGAUUCUGGGUGCCUGCACCAUUGUCCAGGGGGCGAUAGAGAGCAUCCUGAACGACACGCCCCAGGAGUUUUACUACAGAACCAUCAGUUUCCUCAAGUCAAACUCAGAGAUCUGUUUCUCUGAACUGUCCACUGUUCCUGGGCUGACCCCUGUGCUGCCAGCAGGAGCCAUGUACCUCAUGGUGGGGAUUGAGAUGGAACACUUCCCAGAGUUCCAGAAUGAUGUGCAGUUCACUGAGCGUCUGGUGACUGAGCAGUCCGUCUUCUGCCUGCCUGCUAUGGCAUUUGAGUACCCAAAUUACUUCCGGAUCGUGGUGACCGUACCAGAGGAGAUGAUGGUGGAGGCAUGUGCACGGAUCCGGGAGUUUUGCCAGCGCCACUACAGAUCCUGCAGCCAAGACAGCAACGAGCUGGACCAAUGAGAGACAGCCUGAGAGAGAGGGAGGGAGACCAGAGAGUAUGGACGCAGUUAGGGACAAAAGUGAAUGUGAAAAAAAGAGAACGGGAAGAGAGUGGGUGAAAGAAAGAAGAGGAACUAGGGAAGAGGAGUGAGAAAAUUUGUUGCACUGCAGGAGCAAAGGAUUUAGUAAUGUAAUUGGUGGUCGUCCAUCUUUGGUAACUUCAAUUUAUGAGCAGACCUGAUAUUUAUAUUUUGUACGGCCAUUUUAUGUUAAACUUACUUUGACUAAUUAUUUGGCUUCAUGGUUGUACCAAUUCUCAAGGCUCCAAUGUUACUUUAUAUGUUGGGUUGACCAAAACACCAUUGGGCCUAUAGAACCAGGGACCGGGGGUUUACCCACCCCCUUUGUUCAAACCAUGAUGGGGUUAAUGGUUGGGUUGAUCCUAACAGGAAAACAAAUGGAACUCAAGCACCAGCAGAUUACAUACAGUGCUUUCCAUAGUCUGUGUUACAUACUUGUUCUUGCUAGGAUUAUGAUGCUCAACCAAAACCUUUGCUAUCUACUUGUUAAUCUAUCUUCAUGUAAUAUUGAAUGUUAUUUUCUUUAUGUGAAAAAGUUAUUUAAACCAAAGUAAAGCUAUGAAAUACCUGUUUGUUUGUUGUGACUCAUUAGCUCAUGGUAAUAUAAAAACUACAUCAAAGGAUGUAUCCACUAAUUUAUUGAUUAUAGUUUGUUAUUGAGGCCUACACCUAAUCCAGACAUGGGGAUUUGACCUGAGCUGACCUGUCCAUCAGUAAUGUCAUGUAACAGCUUAAGGAUUGAAUCAGUCCAGAAUGGAGAUGGACAUGGUUAGGGUUUCACUCACUGGUCCUUUGUCUUUGACACGCCUGCAUGUACCCAGUGUUUAUGAUCAGGUGUAAAUCUUCAAAAGACUUCAAGAUAAUUAAAACAUUAAAACAUGAACACAAUGUU